AUGCUUCGGAUACCAAGCCCAGAACUGCCACCACCUCCGCCGAUGAUGACCCUACCGAAGACCCGUCGCAACAGCUUCGCCGGUCAAACCAACAAGAAGUCCCUCUACCGGGCGUCCACCAUCGAGAACCUUUCCCCACCUCCUCCGGGAGCUCCCCCACCACAGUCCCAAAUCAGUCAGCUGAUCAUUCCUCCCGCCGUCCCCAAAAAGCCCCAGCCGAUGGAACCGCAGGUCAUCUAUCGACGACCUUCGUCCAGCAUGGCCAAAUCGCAACCUCCCCCUCCCUCCAAUGCCCUUCACCAGGCGCACAGGAUCAUGGUCAACGGCAAAACUGACCAGCGACACUCGCUCCCUAUGCCCCUUCAAUCCUCCCCACCUCUCCACCACCAGCAACUGGUUCCCCGGCAGUCCGAUUCGCGCCUUUCGAUGCGCAAGCGAUCGCACAACUCCCAGCAAAUCCCGGUGGCGGAGUAUCUGCUGAAAGCGGCCGCCGUUGCCGUUGCGCAUCAUCAAACUCAGAACCAAACCAACGGGGGUGGUGCACCUCUCGGUUCGAAUGCAGUAAAUGGUGGAGUGGCGAUGACAUCGCCUCCGCCGCCGCUGAAGCCUCGGAUGUCGCUCCAGCAACAGCAGCAGCAGCAACAGUGCCAACAACAGCCGUUAUCACCGCUACAGGAUCUCCAGAAUGGACCGCUGUUAUCCAUGGGCAGCAAAAG